AUGGAGACCCUUACGUACUACUACCUACGCCCGAGCGCCUUCGACACGCCCGGCUACUGCUACGGUAUGGCCCGAGCGCCAUUGGCGGGUUCGGAAGAUCUCCCGAUUAAGAAGGCCUUGAGCGGCCGCUGGAGGGAUGCUGACGAUUACGAGGUCGACCUCGCUGCGACAAGAGUGGAGAAACGCGUGGUUACGGAGGCGGAAGCAUCAGUGGCAUCGGAACCUAUGUGGGGGGCUACCUGUGCCUGGCGAGAAUCCCGAGUGACGAACGUCAUGCCAGCCAUGGACAGCUUCAAGACGCUCACGGAGCUGGUCGAUGCUCUGUCAUGCCUCUGUAGUGUGGUCACUAUCGCGUGUUCGGCCGAGAUCGUAAAGCUUUCUGAACACGCUCGGGCAUUCGUCAGUGUGCUGAUUCGCAAUCGUGUCUCGCUCGAUGCCCUCGCAAUUGACGAGCUCGCAUACUGGAUUGAUGAACGGUUCGAAAUGCUUCGAGCAUUGCUGGCGCAGGCGUUCCCUACGCAAGAAGACACCGAGACGGCACCACUGUUUCUGAUUGAUCGUGAAAAACAACGCGCGUUUAGUGAAUACAUCCGUCGAUCUGGAUGCACGCUGCCGGAAUUUGUACGACUGCUGCGAAACGAGACGCCGGACGAUACUAGACCCAACAAGGCGCUUGAGAUUCCAACUCGGAACAGAGCUUGGCAGUCGUACCCCCAUCGCCAGUUGUGGGAGCAGAUUGUGCAUCAUGGUGUCCGGCCACGAUGGAAGUCACAGCAUUCGCGUCAAGCGGAGCCUCCAAAAGAUCACGGAUCAGCGACCCGGGCUCUGAACAUACUCGCCAAGAAUAUUCGAAAAGGUCAAGACGCCAACCAAUAUCUAGUGCUGGACAUCAGUCUAUUUGAGGUGCUAAAUGGCUUGACGUGCAGUCCGUUUGGUGCAGUGGCAAAAGGUUCCGUGCCAAUGGAUAUUGAUGCGAGGAUCAUACACGAAUUAUCCUUUCCGAGUGGUGAUUCUGUAAAUGAUGAGACUUUGCCUGGCGACGCGAUUGACAUUACGUAUGAUGGAGCGCCCGUCGUCGCCCGGCGAAUCGUCGAGCUUCGAGAAGCAGGACACGACACUCAGAUGAUGACAGGAGAUGUGAAAGAUGUGAAUGCCGCUUUCCGGCAUAUCCCAAUCCAGUCUGACUACGUUGGGCGAUUUUCUGGUUGUGUACCCGAACUGGGCAUCCUCGUUAUCGAUCUGAGUUGUCCAUUUGGUUGGACAGACGCUCCCGGGUACUACUGGGUUGCCGGUGCGGCCAUUAAGCACCUGUACGAGCACUCAGCACCUUCGUGGAGCGGAAUGAUUCAGGAAGAGCGAGAGCCUUUCACAUGCUCGGCGUGGUGCGACGACUACAUCUGCGUGAAACCAGACAUCGGCACACGUCUACCUGAAGCUAAUAUUGCGUUACGAUCGGCUAUGACGGAGGUGGAAGUGCCACCCGAGUUGAGGAAGCCCUCGAGGCUUUGGGAGCACUUUUGCGAGCAGGUGCACUCGCAGAAACCUCCACUCAAAGCUACGGCAGAGCAUGGAGACAGUGGGAAGAGUGGUGUGCGUUCAUGA